AUUUCCGGGACAAGAUGGCGGCGGGGCCGGGCUCGGAGCGGAAGCUGGUGCAGCAGGACGAGCUGCGGCGGCUCAUGCGGGAGAAGCAGCGACAAAGCGCCGGGAAGAAGCGAAUCGAGGCGCCGUUCGCUAAAUAUAAUCGUUUAGGGCACUUAAGCUGUACGUUGUGCAACACCCAGAUUAAGGGUGAACUUUUGUGGCAAACACACAUACUAGGGAAACAACACAAAGAGAAAAUUGCAGAGUUAAAAGGUGCUAAACAGACAGUGCCUGGGCCUACAAUUAGCAUAUCAUCAUCCCAUCCUGCCAAAAGAAAAGUUUCUGACACAGAAAACCAAGAAGUAAAGAGAACAAAAGGUUCAAAUGACCAGCCACAGACUUCUGCGUCUGGGCUACCCACAGAUUUUUUUGAUAAAGCAGAGCGUGCAGAUACAAAAGCAUUGCCUUCAAAGGGUCCAGGUCCCAGUUUACUGACAGGAGAUUAUGAUGAUGAGGAGGAGGAAGAGGAAGAAAAAGACAAUACUAGCAAACUACCCGGUGUGCAAAAAAUUGAAAUUCCACCCACAGCUCAAGAAACAGUAGCUAAUGCUCUACCAGCAGAUUUCUUUGAGAACAAAACGACAGCUGCUCCCAUAGUCUCCCAUUCAGGGUCCAUUCAGAAAGCGGAAGUUCAAGAAAAGGUAGUGGAAAGGAAAGAAAACACUGCAGAAGCUUUACCAGAGGGAUUCUUUGAUGAUCCUGAGGUGGACGCAAGAGUGCGAAAGGUUGAUGCUCCGAAGGAUCAGAUGGACAAAGAGUGGGAUGAAUUUCAGAAGGCGAUGCGACAAGUCAACACAAUUUCAGAAGCAAUAGUGGCAGAAGAGGAUGAGGAGGGACGUUUGGAUCGUCAGAUUGGAGAAAUUGAUGAGCAGAUUGAAUGUUACCGCCGUGUUGAGCUGCUGCGUAACCGCCAGGAUGUAAUGAAAGAUAAAUUUAAGGAAGCCAUGAGAUUAAGAGCAACCCAGGAGAAAGAGGAUGAGGAUAUUGGUAGUGAAGAUGAAGGAGAAUUGCAGGAUUUGCUGUCUCAAGAUUGGAGAGUGAAAGGGGCUUUGUUGUAGCAUUUCAGUGGCAUGCUCAAUAUUCUGUUGAUCUGUGGUAUUACUUUUUAUCAGAAGACAUUUUUGUUAAAAUAUUUAUUUUUAAGAAGGAUUUUGCAGAUACUAAUGAGGUUAACUGUAAAAAGUAUGUCCAUAUCUCUGUAGGUCUAAAAUGGAGUAUUAUUUUGUGUAAAGAUUGUACAUUGUAAAUGUUUUACAAGUUUGAAUAUAACUUUCCUAUUAAAAUUAUUAUAAUUUCCUACUAAAAUUAUUUUAAUGAGCAAGUAAUUUUAUAGUCAAUAUAGACUUCUGGGAGUGUAACAUAUACUAAGUCAGUGCUUUGAGUUGUCCUGUGCUGUAGUUCAUACCAGCCAAGAUGACAGUGUAUAGUGUUCUUUCAGAUAGGAAACUCUGCUUUAUCCAGGAUGUUUUAGAAGUUACUAGUAAAAUGUAGUGUGUCGGUCGUCCAGUGUUUCACUCUUUCAUAUGUAAAUGACCUAAGAAUCCAGAAACAUUGAGCAACAGAUUGUGGAGAAGUUGUAAUACUCUGAUUUCCUGCCAUGCUACAGUGGGCAUGCAUGUUGCAGAAGAUUGUGCUGGACUCAAUCUGUUG